AUGGAUGGCUUGCACACUAUACAAUUACCUUACGGACUGAGUGCGCUCCACCGCCAGCUCCAGACCACAGGUAAAAAUGUUGCGAUACCCUUCCGCGAGCGCGAAUACUAUCUGCCGCCUUUACGACAACUCUGUCCCACGGCUCCAGCAAAUACCACUCCAGGUCUGCUACUACACAAGCCGCGGAAAAGGAGACACGCAAUGGGAGUCCCGACCGCUCGACGGAGCAAACAAGCUCCGCCAACAGCAACAGAGAAGAGAAGGAGAGUUUCAAAGCAUCAGCCCGCCCAACGGAAGAAAUCCGCAUUGACAAGCCAGCCCUUCGGGCCUGGCUCUCGGUACGGCCUCAGCAAGCUCCCGAUCACGAUCGAAGACGGCGAAGAAGACGCGGCGAAUUCUCCGGGCUCACGCCUUCAACCACAGCCACAGAAGCUUAAGAAGAAGCGCCCAUCUGGCGAUACAGAUUGGCUCGGAAGCUCCAUUCGUCCUACCCCGCUCGCGCUUCCAGAUUUAAACCGGUUUCGAUAUGCUCCCAGCAUGCAAAACCAUACAAAUGCACCCUCCGACCCAAUCCGGAACAUGUAUCGCAAUGGUGCAGGAUUCACGCUGAAGAGAGAUGCUCCGGCGCUGCAGAUUUCCCUUCCGAAGGAACGCCAGAAGCGCGAGGACAGUGUAGUCUUUAUGCAUGAGAAGACCGCUGUUCAGCCUCCGAAGAACAAAUAUGGGUUUCGCACCCGCGCGACAUCAUCUAGGAGUGCAGCUUCUCUUUCGAGCAAACCACCUCGCCUUCCGGAUUAUCAUGCAGCCGUGGAGUAUACGUCUAAUAAACUUUGGUUGAUGGAAUUGGCAAGAGCGUCACCAAAAGGCAUGAUACAUACACAACGGCAAUAUCCCACCCUAGCAUUGACUGAGACGCCGCUUGAGAGGGACAGCUCUGUUCUAGUUGAAGACAAUUCCAAUGUCAACUACGCUCGCCCAACUACCAUGCGGGAGCUCAAGAAGACAGGCCUUGUUUCAAGAAUGGAAGUGCCCACUUCACACCCCAGCAGAUACCGUCGCAUGUAUCCUUCUGUCCAAGAGAACGACCGCGCUCCGCACCCAUCCGUUCAGCAUAAGGACAAUCCUAUACCCUCAACAGAGCUGUCCAGGCAAUCGCAGACCGAACUCGCGAAGGAAGUCAAGAGUCCAGAUCUGUCUCUCGGCGACAUUCCUGAUUUCAGUCUACGAAUGAAAGUCGCUCAAUUGAUGGCGGUCGCACCGAGCCUCCCCGUCCAAGACCUCUACGACCUUCUUAUGGAAAUGAAAGGCCACUAUGAGAACGCUAGAGACCAGGUGUUUGAACGUACUCGUACGCGAACACUAGGGCGUUCGGUUCCGCCUCAGAGUGCCUGCAGCAAUAACGUCAUUCAGCGAGGGAACGAAGACGAGGAAGAUACCAAGGUCAAGAUCGACUUGAAUGAUCCGGACAUCUAUAACGACAAUGACGUUCCUUCGCGAUCUCCGACGCCUGAGCCUGCGCCUAGGAAGUCCCGCUCGAAGGCCACUUCGAAGCGUCUAGCCAACUCUGUCACAAAGCCCAAGACGAAGUCCAAAGUUCCAUCAACAGGAAAAGCAAAGAGUCACACCAAGAGCUUGACUAGGAAAGCGACUCAGCCCAAGCAGGUGAAAGCAAACGUCGGUGCCAAACGAUCAAAACCUUCCAGCAGAACCCGGCGAAGUAACAGCAUCGAUGGUGUGUUCGUGAUCUCUGACGAUGAAUCCGAUCUCGAUGGGUCAUACAGAGACAUCGGCUCUGUCCGCAACGCAGAUGACGCUGGGAACGGCAGCGACAUCGAGAUGGUUAAUGCCGAUGCAGAGCUCUUCAUUGAUAUGGAGGACUCCCCGUAUCAUAGACGUUUGUACACACCGCUACUUCUAACUAUUAGUUAGAACGCCCUCCUGUAUAAGACACCGCUCUCUUACCUUUGUUCGCCUCGCAGACCGCUCUUUACCAACGCUUUACCUUUAGUAGGAUAUUUAAUCUCCGCCUCCCGCCUAGAGAUUUCUAAACUCUCUUCACUCCUUUCUUCCACUCUUCUUUCUAUCUUUUCUAAAGCUAUCCCAAUACCCCCUCUCGCUCAAAGAAUCACGAACCUGCUAUUCUAUCCCCUUCGCAUUCUUCUCAAUGCCAGCACAAAAACGGGUUUAUAAUAGCAAAUCUGCCACGAAGGCUCGAGAGGCAAUUCCCAAGCCAUCUGGCGUCAGGCGCCGCCAGAGACCCAAGCCGAAGAAGAAGUACAUACCCCACGCAGCUUCUCUCUGUGCUGCAGCAGCCAGACUAGACCAGAUUAACGCCGCUCGCGUUAGGACGAGGGCCGUAGUAAUCGAUGUCUC